AUGGCAAAGACCACCUGGUUCGACGUGCUCCAGCACCACAUCAAAAUCGACAUCGACGGCUUGGACCCGGCAGACACCGCGGCCCUCCUCCCCUUCGUCCCCUUUGACCAGACGAGCAACCAGAACCUCGUCCUCCUGCGGAUGGUCGCCCCCGAGAACCGCGAGCUCUUCCUAAAGACUGUCCGCGAGCGCAAAGACGACGGCUGGCGCGCCAUUCUCGACUGCAUGAGCGUCCGUUUGUGCGCCCUCAACAAGGACAAGAUCCGCGGGCGCUUCCUCCUCCAGACGUCGCCGGCCGACGCCUACGACGAGGCCAAGACGCUUGCCCACGCGCGCGCCUACGCCCGCGAGUUCGAAAAGGAAGGCAUCGCCAAGGACCAGUUCUGCAUCAAGAUCCCCGCCACGGGACCGGCGCUCAACGCCGGCCGCGAGCUCCUCAAGGAGGGCAUCCGCACGCUCGGCACCUCGCUGUUCAGCGUGCCGCAGGCCGUCGCCGCCAGCCAGGCCGGCUGCCUGUCCAUCAGCCCUUACUACAAUUUCUCCUGGUACCACACCGACCGCGCGCAGUGGCCGGACCUGCCCGACCCGGCCCUGCAGCACCCCAUGUCGCCGCGCAUCGUCCAGAUCCUCAACGCCUACCGGACUCUCUCCGCGAGGAGCGGCCCCGGCGCGCCGCCGCAGCCGCUGGUCAAGAUGGCGAGCUUCCUGUCGGCGCGAGAGGCCAUGGCCAUGGCGGAGCUCGGCUGCGCGCACGCCACGAUCCCGGCCAACGUGCUCGCGGAGCUCGCGGCGCUCGACGUCGAGACGAACCAGCCGCCGCCGUCUCAAAGCGCAGCAGAGGGCGUGCCGGCGGAGCGUCUGAUGCACCUGGCGGCGACAGAUCCGCUGGUGGCUGACAAGGUGCCGGUGUCGGCGGAGGAGGUUGUCGAGGUGGACUACCUGGCGGAUGGAGGUGCAGCGCUGCAGGUGGCGAUCGAGGCGGAUCCGAUGACGACGAGGGGCUUGGAGGAGGCGCUGGCCAUGUUCGGGGCGUGUGAGCGGCAGAGCCGUGCUGCGAUUGAGGAGGCGCUGAAGCGGAUUUGA